AUGAGGGGCCGCAGGGGCGAUCGCAUGACCAUCAGCAUCCAGGAGCACAUGGCCAUCAACGUGUGCCCCGGGCCCAUCCGGCCCAUCCGGCAGAUCUCCGACUACUUCCCUCGCCGCGGCCCAGGAGGGCCCGAAGGGGGCGGCGGAGGCGGUGGGAGCCGUGGAGAAGCCGCAGCCCACCUGGCCCCGCUGGCUCUGGCGCCCCCGGCUGCCCUCCUUGGGGCCACUACUCCCGAGGAUGGAGCUGAGGUGGAUAGCUACGACUCAGAUGAUACCACUGCUCUGGGCACUCUGGAGUUUGACCUCCUCUAUGAUCAAGCCUCCUGCACUCUGCACUGUCGAAUCCUCAGGGCCAAGGGCCUCAAGCCCAUGGAUUUCAAUGGCCUGGCUGACCCCUAUGUCAAGCUGCAUCUUUUGCCUGGUGCCUGCAAGGCCAAUAAGCUAAAAACAAAGACUCAGAGAAACACGCUGAAUCCUGUGUGGAAUGAGGACCUGACCUACAGCGGAAUCACAGACGAUGACAUCACUCACAAGGUGCUCAGGAUCUCUGUCUGUGAUGAGGACAAGCUGAGCCACAAUGAAUUCAUUGGGGAGAUCCGAGUACCCCUGCGCCGCCUCAAGCCCUCACAGAAGAAGCAUUUUAACAUUUGCCUUGAGCGUCAGGUCCCGCUGGCUUCACCCUCUUCCAUGUCAGCGGCACUGAGGGGCAUCUCCUGUUACCUGAAGGAGCUUGAGCAGGCUGAGCAGGGCCCUGGGCUGCUGGAAGAGCGAGGGCGGAUCCUGCUGAGCCUCAGCUACAGCUCGAGGCGCAGGGGCCUGCUGGUGGGCGUCAUCCGCUGUGCCCACCUGGCUGCCAUGGACGUCAAUGGCUACUCUGAUCCUUACGUGAAGACGUACUUAAGACCAGAUGUGGAUAAGAAAUCCAAGCAUAAGACGUGCGUGAAGAAGAAGACUCUAAACCCAGAAUUUAACGAGGAGUUUUUCUAUGAGAUGGAGCUCUCCAUUCUGGCCACCAAGACUCUGGAAGUCACGGUCUGGGACUACGACAUUGGCAAAUCCAACGACUUCAUAGGUGGCGUGUCCCUGGGGCCAGGCGCCCGAGGAGAGGCCAGGAAGCACUGGAGUGACUGUCUGCAGCAGCCGGACACAGCCCUGGAGCGCUGGCACACCUUGACCAGUGAGCUGCCCCCCGCCGCUAGCGCUCUCCCCUCGGCCUGA